AUGUGCAAAAAUGAGCGGGCGGAGGUAUUAGGAAUGUCGCUGCUCGGUGUCUGUUGCCGUUUCCCAGUAGGCACCUGCGCUGGUGCGGGUGACGUAACGCCGGUCGAAGGUGCACAGACCGCUAGCCAGGCCCCUUGCGAGGGACGAGACGGGCUGAGAGCGACAAUUCCAUUCAUUGCACACAGCCGUUCGCAGGUUGGCUCGCAGUGGAAUACCGGGGAAAGCGCGUACGGCCGAUGGCCGCUUCAGACGUGCGAGUGGAGGAAAGGCAUCCACCAGAUCUGCUCGAAGCGGCCGCGACAUCAGUGGCCCUGGCAAAAAGCCGACCCGAACGCAAUAACUCAAAACGCGGGCCGAGUCGAAUGUCGAAUGGUCGCUCCGGCCGCCGAGUUGCGCUGCCGUUUUUACCGGCUCUUGUCAACCGUCAAACAGUCGUCGAGCUCA